CAGGUUAGGGUUUUGAGAAUAGGAACACAAUCAUAAAAUUGCACUACACCUUCCUAACUGAAACUCCUGUCCAGUUUCAGAUUUUGAGACCCAAAAAAUGGGGAAAGCAAAAAAAGCUCCCAAAUUUGCAGUAAUGAAGAAAAUGGUCACUCACAAAGCAAUUAAACAGCAUAAAGAGGAAGUUUUGAACCCUAAUAAGAAAGAUUUGACUAAAGAAAAGCUUCCAAGAAACGUGCCUUAUGUUUCGUCUGCACUUUUCUUCAAGUACAACACAGCUUUGGGGCCGCCUUAUCUUGUUUUAGUUGAUACUAACUUUAUCAAUUUCUCCAUUCAGAAUAAAUUGGAUCUGGAGAAAGCUAUGAUGGAUUGCUUGUAUGCCAAAUGUACUCCUUGCAUUACAGACUGUGUCAUGGCUGAGCUUGAGAAGCUGGGUCAGAAAUACCGUGUUGCUCUUAGAAUUGCGAAAGAUCCCCGAUUUGAAAGGCUUCCCUGUACUCACAAAGGGACAUAUGCUGAUGAUUGCAUUGUUGAGAGAGUUACACAGCACAAGUGCUAUAUUGUCGCAACAUGUGAUAGAGAUUUGAAGCGUAGAAUUCGCAAGGUCCCUGGUGUACCAAUCAUGUACAUCACUAAUCACAAGUACUCAAUUGAGAGGUUGCCUGAAGCAACAAUGGGUGGAGCUCCAAGAUUUUGAGGACGUGUUUGAAGCAGCUAACUACGAAUUCCUAAGCCCUGGAUGGUGUUUCCAAUUGCCAACGUUCUGUCACCACAGCAAGACUUCCGUAUCUCCCUGGAGUGUUGAAUGAUAAUUGCUGAAAUAUCAGUAACAAUUUUGUACCUUAGGAAUUUCUGUAUCCCAAUAAUAUGAAUCUUGUUCAUUUUGCUAGUUUCUUAUAGAAAAAAAGUCCGCCUUUGAGAUUUA